AAUCGUAUUGCUGGAAAAGAAAUUUUUGCUGUGGUGUUAAAUACACCUCAAAAUGUUCAAUCAGGUUCAACUAUCGUGAUUAGUUGGUCUUUUAGUGGUGUUCAAUCCACACGCAUCGAGUUAGGGAUUCAAAAUGCACAAACUUCUGCUAUUACAGUUAUAGAUACCUAUGUAGAUCUUACAAAGGGAAGCGAAACUUGGGUUGUUUCUGUCGGGGCAGGAAGUUAUAAACUAUUUCUAAUGGACCAAACAUCCUAUAAUUACUAUUAUUCAAAUACAUUUACGGUUUCUGGUAAUCCCUCCUCGUCUUCUUCUACUCAAUCUUCAGGAUCUUCUUCAGAUUCAGACAAAGACAGCGGCAGUCUUAAAACUAAAUUUUUUAUCGCUGCACCUUUUAUACUUUUAGUGGUAAUUG